AUGCCAUUCACACACAGUGUUAAUUUGGGGGCACCUCCCAGCUCGUUUUCGGAGGUGGAUAUGUUUUUGCAGUCGUUGACGAGCGAGGAUAGCAGCGAUGCGGAUAGUUAUGAUUUCUUCUCGCCGGAUUCGCAGGGGGUGAGGCAGGCGUCUGGGUCUGGGAGCGUGAGCGGGCGCGGUGGGAUGGGUCCUGGUGCGUUUGAGCCGCAGUACCUGCACUCGCAGGGCCAGGGCUUUGCUCAGGUUCAAGCUCAAGCUCAGGGUCAGAUCCAGGUUCCAGGCCAGAUUUCUCAGGGUCACGUGAUGAGUCACGUGACUGGGAAUGGAAAUGGUAGCAACAGCAACAGCAACAGCACCAGCUCAUCAGCAGCCGCGGCCGCGGCUGCUGCUGCUGCAACGGUUACUGGCCAUACCCAUGCGAACCCCAACCCCGGCUCGUUCGGGUCCUCGUCCUCUUCGGACCCCUACAACAACUACAGUCCGUUCGAUCUCAGCGAUACAGAACUGAGGCCCUCCAUCACAAACGACACAGACUCGAUGCUGCACGUUAUGAUCAAGUCCGAGAGCGACCCCUGGGCCAACAGCAACAGCAACAACAAGAAUAACCAGGGCCAGGGCCAGGGCCAGGGCCAGGGUCAGGGACCCAUUAGUCUCGCCAGCGCCGGUAUCCCGGUUGCAGCCAACUCGAUGGUCCAUUCGGCACCCCAGUCAUCGGUCGCCUCCGGCUUGCCCGCAGGUGUCCAGUCGCUCGACGCUAUGGUAUCCCCUACAGACUCGCUAGACUCGCGUCCCUCGCCCCACGGCGGGUUGAGUCUCGGCCAAAGCCUCGGCCAAACCUUGAACCAGGGCCAUAAUAACAUGGGCCAAGGUCUCAACCAGGCCCAGAGCCUAAGCCAGAGCCUCAGCCAAGGCCAAAUUCAGACCCAUGGCUCAGGUUCAGGACUAACCUCCUCCGUCCAAGGGAAGGUCGGCAAGCCAAAGAAGGAACGUACCUCCCAUAACGUCAUCGAGAAAAAGUACAGAACAAAUAUCAACAACAAAAUCGUCCAGUUGAAAGAGAUUAUCCCCUCGCUUUGCGUUACCAUGAAACGCGAAGAAGGUAUCCCAGUCACAGAACUAGACCAGAUCAGGUUGGACGGCUUGCAGCCCGCAAAGAAACUCAACAAGGCCUCCAUCUUGGUGAAAACUAUCGAGUAUAUCCAGCAUUUGGAAGGUAAGGUCGAGAAACUGAAGGCAGAAAAUGACCAGCUGAAACAGAGCGAGACGUUCUCCACCCCACUUUCAGUCCGCAACAACUCCACGUCGGAGUCCUUGCAUCACUCUCAGCAACACCAGGCGGCACGCGCUCAAGCUCCUAUCCGUUCAGGUUCAUCCACUUCUUCUUCUACCUCAACUUCCGCAUCAGAUGUAAACAUCAGCGGCGACCCAACCAUCUUCACGAAUGCGUACCCAACAAGCAACAUGAACAACAACAACCACUCAUUCAGAAACAAAAUGCUACUGGGAGGCAUUGCAAUGUCCAUGGGUGCAAACUGUUUCGGCGGCGACUCAAGCGAUUUCUCAACCGUAAGAGGCCUCAUGGCAAUGCCAGUGUUCCACUACUCGCCAAUGGAGGGUUUCACUUUAAGCAACAGCAACGGAAACAUCAACCUCUUCUCAAGCUUUAUCUCCCUCUUUAGACUAUGCGCAUUCUUUGGCAUCAUCGUACAGUUGAUGUCCCAGAUUAUGGACGACAGAAAAUCUGCUGGUAGCAAGGGUGGAAAUUCCAGUGCAAUGAGCGAUAUCGUUGUCAACUACGUCGACUCGCUCAGGUUCACUUCGAACUCAGAGAUCGUAGAGACUUUGAAGAAAACUUUGUUCUUGAACAGGUUGAAGUACCCGGAAAACUCAAUGGAGAGAAUACAAAACGAGAUCUUGAAGUGCUACGCCAUCAAGUUGUGGAAAUCGCCUUUCAAGAUCCUCUUUUCUGGCCACGUCGAAAAGACUUGGGACUCUCUAUCUUCCAAGGUAAACAAAAUUAACUCAAAGCCUAGCACCAUCACGGAAAACCCAGACUGGAAGGCUAUCUCCUAUAUCCUGAAGUCGGAUGUUUCAGAAGCAUUGGGAAACGAACCAUUGCUAGCGCAAAUCGCAGAGAAUAAAGAUGGUUUCAACCUCUCAAGCUUCGUCCAAUUUGUGUACCGCUAUAACGUCCAACAGAAGGUGGAAAGUGCCAUGAACGCCACGUUCGAAGCUUCUUUGAACGAUACUACUUCCGUUCCUGUUCCAGUCUCGGAAGCUCAAGCCCAGGCUCAGGCCACCAAACUGGAAAGAAUCUAUCUAGAAUCGAUCAAGGAUAACAAGGAACUACAAUCGCUCGGCGUGUCUACUUCUCUUGACUGUAUCUUCCAUCCAAAUGCAAGAACAGUGAAAGAACUUACCGACAAGCUAAAGGUCGACAAGUCUCUCCUAAGCGAAGAUGAGAGGAAGGAUAUCAUCAGAAUUCUACACUCCACUAUCAUUUCAGCCGUUGUUGCAGACAAAAAAUUCGAUGAAGUCUCCUACUGGGUAUCGCGUUUCCCAACAUCGCUUGUAGACCAGGAAAACAUGUCCUUAUUAUCCGUUACUGCAUUAUUCUUUACCAUUAAGCGCAUACUGGAUAACCACAAGAACAUCGAUGAUAUAAGCAAGGUCAGCGCCAAGCUCGAAUACAUUAGUGGGAAGUUGAGAAUAUGGGUAGGCUCCAAAUUCGGCUCGUGUCUACAACUGGACACAAGAGGAAAAUUAGUAGAUUUCUUUGUCGAUAGCGCGUUGAAGUUUAACUCACUAGUUGAAAGUGAUGGGGAGGAAGAAGAAUAUGAAGGUGAAGAUGAAGAAGAAGACGAAGCUGACUCUCUGUUUGAUGAGGAUGAAGAAGAAGAAGAAGAAGAUGAUGAUGAGGAGAAGAAAGAAGAAGAAAAGGAUCAAAUCAAACGUGAAACUAAUAACAACGUAGUUGAACCAUCCGAAACAUGA